AUGACAGUACCGACAGUACAAUCAAAUUACACUAUUUGGCAUGAAGGUCGUACAUGGUACACGAAUCAUCGCGGCAGGUUGUGGAUCGCGUCAACGGCGAAACCUCCAGAUCAUAAUGUCGUUCGGGCCUUGGAGAACCAGUACAGAGUACUGUAUCCAGAUAAACAAUUUAAGUUCCCUUCGUUUUACCCGACGGGCUGUCUGCUCGGGUGUGUGAACGUGGACGAUUGCCUGCCGCAGGAGGAGUAUCAGAAAUUGUAUCCAGAUGGUGAAAGCGACAGUCCAUACGUGUUCAUCUGCUCUAACCCCGUGAGUUUAAGGCUUCGAUUUCCUAUAAAGGGCCAACAUAAAAUAUACACUCUAGACAAGACAAUUCAUCAAGCAGCCCUAAAAUGCCUACAAAAGAUGUCAAAAAUACAAGCCGAAGAAGCCAACGCUGCUUGA